UUCUCAGCUGCUCUCUGCGCAAUGGAGCUAGGCCUCAUGCUCCGGCUAGCCGCGCCGCCGGCCAGUCGCCUCCCCCGCCGGCAUCUUCCACCGCCGUGCGUGCCAGGACGGGGCGGCGUCCGCGCUGGGAGGCGCGGGAGUAGGAGGGCUGGGGCUGUGUCGACGAGUGGGGGUGUGAGCUAUGCGGUGGUUGAGGAUGAGGAGGUGGAGGAGGGGGAGGAGAUGGCGAGGCCGCGGCUGGAGCUCAUCGAGAAGCCGGACCGGAGCCUGGCGCUGCUGGACGAGUACGAGUCGGAGGAGCUGGGGGCGGCGCUCUGCGCCAACCACCGCAGCGGUUAUGUUGCUGUGUUGGGGAAGCCGAAUGUCGGCAAGAGCACCCUGAUAAACCAAAUCGUCGGUCAGAAGCUUUCGAUCGUAACGGAUAAGCCACAAACCACACGUCACCGCAUUCUUGGUAUAUGUUCGGAACCAGAAUACCAGAUAAUACUUUAUGACACGCCAGGCAUCAUCAAGAAGGAAAUGCACAAGCUAGACUCGAUGAUGAUGAAGAAUGUCCAGAGCGCUAUCGGUAACGCGGACUGUGUGAUUGUCGUCGCUGAUGCUUCCAAACUGCCCGAAAAGAUAGAUGAUAUGCUGGAAGCGGGCGUGGGAAACAAAGAUACCAAGGUCCCUGUUGUGUUGGUACUCAACAAGAAAGAUAUGAUAAAACCCGGAGAAAUCUCAAAGAAACUUGAGUGGUACCAAAAAUUCACUGAUGUUGACGAUGUUAUACCUAUAAGUGCUAAAUUUGGUCAUGGAGUGGUUGAUAUCAAGGAGUGGAUAUUGUCAAAGCUUCCACUGGGUCCUGCUUACUACCCCAAGGACAUAGCUAGUGAACACCCCGAGAGAUUUUUUGUGGGGGAGAUAGUGAGGGAAAAGAUUUUUCUUCAAUAUAGGCAGGAAAUUCCAUACGCAUGCCAGGUUAAUGUUACAAGUUACAAAAGCAGGCCUAGUGCCAAGGAUUUUAUUCAAGUUGAGAUACUUGUUGAGAGGGAAUCACAAAGAAGCAUUAUACUUGGGAAGGAUGGGAAAGCUAUAAAGACGUUGGCAACAGCAUCCAGGCUUGACAUCGAAGAUUUCCUUCAAAAGAAGGUUUAUCUUGAGAUAGAUGUGAAGGUGAAGGAAAACUGGCGGCAAGAUGAACGGCUUUUGAAACGUUACGGCUACGGUGGGGAGAUUCAAGCGCUAUAAAUACAGGUGUGACGUCAUCGCUUAUCAUGCAUGGGAGUAGGAAAUAGUCGUGUUUCUUCUUUUCUUUUCUUCUCACCCUCGUUUGAGUGAGGUAUUUAGGUGUUGAAUGCAGGUUGAAUUAGAUCAGUUAUUAGUCAGGAACUCUUACCAAAAUUUGAUGUAAGCAUCUGGUGGACCAUGAAAUCGUUGCUUCUCUGUCGAAACUGUAUUCAGCUCUGUCCCUGUAGAUAGCCUGCAGUGCUGCAAUGCCAAUUCAAUCCUCUGUUUGUCUGCUGAAGUUGCUUUA